AUGGCAGCCACGUUGGACACGACUCUCCUGCAAUCUGUGCGUGAGUGCUUCGAGCGUUUAUUGAGUUUUGCCAGCAACAUCACAGGGGUCACAGCCGAUUUUGGGAACUUGUGGCUGAAACACCAUUCAGCCAUCCGCAGUGUCAUCCCAGAGCGUCCUGUGUACUUGACCCCCAUUAUUCAGCUCCCUAUGAUAUCUGCUUGCUUCAAAAGCUGUGAACAGAUUCUUUUGGUGACAUGGGGUUCACAAGAGGACGUGGAAAGCAUGAAGCCCAAGUUCCUCUCAGAUUGCAAUAUCGUGCUAGACGUUGACCGGCUUGAGAUACUAGGCAUCGAUGCCUCCAAAGACCCUCGCUGGGCGAGAUAUUUGAAUUUCGAGACCACCGCAGAAGAUGAUCAAGCCCUUGGGGCGGAAGUGCUGAGCAUGGUGCAACGGAAGAUGGCUGAAGUCAACGUGCAAGGCAAGAAGGACAUGUUUAUCAAAAGUGUCAUCGUGACGACUCGGCUGAGCAUGUUCAGCGACAACUUACGUCAAGGCACCGGUCUUCCUGUCUUCAAUGAGCUUACCAUGCUGGACUUGUUUUCGUCAGCAUCUUCACUAAGCCACUACAACGAUGCCAAAGUCUUGUGUCGUUUGGAUGAAAAGUUAGCUAAGCCUACAUCUCCGACCACAUCAUCUUCUCCGAGGUCCUUCAAGCUGGCUUGCAAGCUGGGCUUGCUGCAGUUGGAGUAUAACUAUCCGCCAGCUUUUGGGGAUGUGGAUCAUCCUGGAACAUUUGGAUUCCAGACCUGCCCCCGUGUUGUGGGGGGACUUACCUUUGAGAGGGCACAGGAAGGUUCCUUUGACCCAGCCAUCCUUGAAAAUAUGGCCAAACAGAUCAAGACGCUGGAGGAUGAUGGAGUGGUUGGAAUCACAGGAAACUGCGGAUUCAUGAUGCAUUACCAGUGCUUUGCACGCUAUGUUGCCAACGUCCCUGUGUUCAUGAGCGCGCUGAUCCAAGCAGCUACCAUGGCAGCAGCAAUGGAGCCGGCAGAGAGGGUUUUGAUCCUAACGGCUAACGCAGCAAGCCUGCAGCCUGGUAGGGACAAGCUGCUCUUGGAGAGCGGGAUUCAGGUGACAAACUCCGAAAAGUUUGUGAUCCGAGGUUGUGAGAGCUUGCCAGGAUUUGAGGCAGUGGCGAAUGCAGAGAGGGUGGACACCAUCCGAGUGCAAGCGGCCAUUAGCAGCUAUGUCUUGGACAUCAUCAAGGAAGAAGGUGCCAGAGAUGAUGCUGGGAGUAUCAAGAUGAUUCUCUUGGAAUGCACCGAGCUCCCGCAUUAUGCGGACGAACUGCGACGCAUGACUGGUCUUCCAGUCUUUGAUGCAGUGACAUGCGUCAACUACUUUUUCCGAGCAACCGCAACCAACAAUUGGAACACAAAGACCUUUACUCCGCACAACCCUACUUUCUGGUCCCAGAACUUCGACGCCAAGGGCCGUAUGCGCGACAAUUGCACUGUCACAGGCACUUGCCAGGAUGAAUUAAUCACUGAGUCUGGAUGA